AUGGCGACUUUCAUCGGCGGAGUCGUAGUGGCGCUUUUCAAUGGCUGGCAAAUAGCACUCCUGGCGAUUGCUACGGUACCACUGCUUGCCGGAACUGGGGCCGUGUACACCCGGUUGUACACCGCAAUGUUUACACGGAGCCAGGCGUCGCAUGCUCAAGCAAGCUCCAUUGCCGAGCAGUCUCGUGCUCUCACCUCCUUCUCUGAUGCGCUGCAAGCCGCUAGGAAAGUCGGGGAAAGAGGCGGGUUGAUCCGAGGGAUGGGACUUGGACUUACGCUUGGAAUUGUCAACUGUUCUUGGGCAUUGGAGCUCUGGGCCCUUGGACAGACAACUCCAGAGUUGCAGGUGUUCUCGAGAGGCAGAGUAGCAGCUUACAACAUCUUCAAUAUCAUCGACCGUGCGUCAAAGAUCGACAGCAGAAAUAUUGAAGGCGAGGUCCCUGAAAAUCUGGAUGGAUAUAUCGAGUUCGAUGAUAUCCACUUCCGCUAUCCAGCACGCCCGGACGUUACAAUAUUUCAAGGCUUGUCCCUUGAAGUACCCGCUGGAAGUUCUGUGGCGUUGGUCGGUGAAAGCGGCUCAGGGAAGAGCACAGUAAUCUCUCUUCUUCAGCGAUUCUACAAUCCAAUUUCAGCACAAGAACCCGUCCUGUUUGCCACCAGCAUAAAAGAAAACAUCAGACUUGGAAAGAUAGAUGCAACUGAUGAAGAAAUUGAAGCUGCUGCUACAGCAUCAAAUGCAAUCGGAUUUAUCAUGCAGCUGCCUGAACGUUUUGAGACUCAGGUUGGAUAUAGUACUGCGCAGCUCUCUGGCGGUCAAAAGCAACGAAUUGCAUUAGCGAGGAUGAUCGUUAAGAAUCCUACCAUUUUGCUGCUCGACGAAGCAACAAGUGCACUGGAUAUCGAAUCGGAGCAUAAGGUGAAGGACGCUCUUGACGCUGUCAUGGUGAAUCGCACGGCGAUAACUGUUGCACACCGACUGUCCACGAUUCAGAACGCCAAGAAAAUUGCAGUUUUCUCAAAAGGCAAGGUGAUUGAGCUUGGAACUCACGAGCAGCUUCUUGAAAAGGAAGGAGCAUAUGCUACACUGGUGCGUCUACAAGAAAGGAACAAGGACAACCAUGAACAACCUUCUCUAGACCGCACAGGCAACUCCCCGCUUCUUUCACAGGAACCAAAAAAGCAACAGUCCGAAAUUGAGCUGCGUCGCUGGAGUUCGCUGUGGCAACUUUGUAAGUUGGCGGGGAGAAACUGGCUUGAGUUAUCAACGGGCAGUGUAGCAGCUCUGGUUACAGGCUGCAUCAAUCCGCUAUUCGCUCUUUUCCUCAUCGAGGUAGUCCAACUUUACUACCAGCCCGGGUCCAUGCACAAAGUGAACAGAUGGUGCGCAAUUAUCACUGCGCUGGGAGCUACUGCCAUCUGCACGAACAUUUUUCAGCAUUAUUUAUAUGCUAAGGCAGCGGAAAGCAUCAGUCAAAAACUCGAAGAACAUGCUUUUACAGGUAGGAGCAACACGCCACAAACAUCGCUCACUCUCGACUUGUUGACAGCCAUUUUGGAGAACGAAAUAGAGUGGUUUGACAAGGAAGAAAAUACAAGCAAUGCACUCACGGCUCAACUUUCCUCGAAUGCAUCAAGCGUCCGAACAGCAAUGAGUGACAGGCAAGGAUUCCUGCAAAAAGGCUUCGCAGGAGACCUGGAAAAGCUACAUGCAAAAGCAAGCAACGUCGCUGGCGAAGCAGUCAGCAACAUAAGAACUCUAGCAUCAUUCUGCGCUGAAGCCAAGAUCCUCGGUGUGUUCAAGGACCAGUUGAGUCAGCCCCUCAAGCAGAGCUUCAUGCGUGCUCAGAAAGGUGGCAUCCUCUUCGGACUCUCGCAAUGUGGACUCCACCUUGCAAAUGCAACCGGACUCUGGUACGUCUCGCUGCUAGUCAAAAAAGGACGCAGCAACUAUGCGGACGCUCUCAAGGUCUUUCAGAUACUGGCAUGGACAGGCUACGUUCUCGCAGAGGCUCUCAAUCUCUUCCCAGACAUCACCAAGGCACUUCACUCAGUCGCUUGCUUACAGAAAAUCACCAGAAGAAAGACACAAAUGAGACCAGAUGAACCACACAGCAGGAAGCCAGACGACAUACUCGGAGAAGUCGAGUUCAUCGAAGUCGACUUUAGCUAUCCCAGCAGACCACUGGUACCAGUACUCUCAAAGUUUAAUCUUCACAUGAGAGCCGGAAUGACUGUCGCGCUGGUAGGCUCGAGCGGAUCAGGCAAGAGCUCAGUCAUCCAGCUAGUGAUGAGAUUCUACGACCCAACCGCUGGACGCGUGCUUCUAGACGGCCACAACCUCAGGAACUACAACUUACGAUGGCUCAGGAAGCACAUAAGCCUCGUCAACCAGGAACCAUCUCUCUUCUCGACAAGCAUACGAUCAAACAUCACAUACGGGAAAGACAAUGCAACGGAAGAAGAGACAAUCGCAGCAGCCAGGAUCGCAAAUGCUCACGGGUUUAUCAGCAGCUUACCUCAAGGCUACGAAACGAGCGUUGGAGAGCGCGGCGUCCAGCUCUCGGGAGGGCAAAAGCAGAGAAUCGCCAUCGCCAGGGCCGUGAUCAAGGAUCCAGCAAUUCUUAUGCUGGACGAGGCGACGAGCGCGCUGGACUCGGAAUCUGAGAGAGCCGUGCAGCAAGCUUUAGACGAGAUCCUGGAGAGGAGGAAUCGCACAACCCUAGUGAUCGCUCACCGAUUGUCCACCGUGCGGCAUGCGCACGCCAUCGCCGUGCUCCAGCAGGGCCGAAUCGUGGAGCUGGGCAGCCACGACCACCUCAUGGCGGAUCCGCGCGGCGCCUACGCCCGGAUGAUCCAAGAGGGCUAA